AUGGCUGCUCACGCUACAGUACUUGUUAUCGACAACUCCGAGUGGUCGCGUGACGGCGAUUUCACGCCCAACAGGUUCCAGGCACAGAUGGAUUCGGUGCAUUACCUGUUCAGUGUGAAAACCAACGACAAUCCCGAGAACACUGUCGGGGUCAUUGCCAACGGCGGUGACAGCCCCGAUGUUCGCGUGUCACUGACCGGAGACCUGGGCGUGCUGCUGAAGGGUCUGCACGGCCUUGGAAUCCGCGGCGAGUCUCAUUUCGACACCGGAAUUCAAAUUGCACAGUUCGGAUCAUCGCGUUUCAGCGCCAGUCCCAUUAAGGCUGACGAGCGGUCGCUGAUCAAGCUGGGCAAGAAGCUGAAGAAGAACGGCGUGUCUGUCGAUGUUGUAAACUUUGGCGAGCAUGCUAUUAACGAGCAGAAGCUGGCCGCGUUUGUUGAUGCAGCCAACAACAACGACACUUCGCACCUGGUCACGGUUCCCCCUGGCCCGCACAUCCUGAGCGAGCAGAUCCGGUCGUCGCCCAUUGUAGGUGGAGGACCCAGCAGCAGCGGCGCAGGCGGCAGCGGCGGCGGUGACUUUGAAUUUGGAAUCGACGCGGACGCAGACCCCGAGUUGGCCCUUGCCCUACGCAUGUCGCUGCAGGAGGAGGAGGAGAGGCAGAGGCGAGAUGCUGCGCAGCGGGGUACAGCCGCAGCUGCAGAAGGUACCAGUGGCCAAAAUCCAGCUGCCGACGAGGACCUGAGGCGGGCCAUUCAAAUGUCGCUGCAGGAGAGCGGCGAGUCGGGUGCACAGGAUGGCGGUAGUAACGAGAAUGAUGACUUGGUUGCAUCGCUGAUUGGGUCGCUGCCUGGUGUCAACCCCGACGACCCUGCGCUGCAGAGCGCACUGAAUCCUGACGCUGCCAAGAAAGACGGCGACGACAAAGACAAGACAGAAGGCGGUCAGUAA